AACGGUGCCGCCUUCUCUGGCUGGGUUAAAGGGGGCCUCUUUGGUUGUUUUCAGCUUCGUGCCGCCGAGGGGAGAAGCCUUCUGAAAGACUCCAGCGAUUCGGAAGUGGAGAAUGAAGCCAAAGAUAACUUCUUAUCGUCUAAGAAACCAGCCUGGGUGGAUGAUGACGAUGAGGCUGAGGAAAAGAUUGAUAUGACCCACAGGUAUAAGAAAGAUAUGAUGAAAAGUGAUGCUGAGAAGAUACUUAGUAAGAAAAAACUUAGGCAAAGACUUCAAGAACAAUUUCAGCAAGCUAUGGGAGGAGUUCCUGCCUGGGCUGACAGAGGAAGUAAAAAGAAACACAGAAAGACUGCAAAUGACAGUGAUAGUGAUGAAGAUGAUGAUCUGCUAUGCAGGACUGGCAAUUUCAUAUCAAACUCAGAGUCCCUGCCAAGAGGUAUUUUGCAGAUGAAGAGCUGCUUGCCUGCUAAUCAGGAACGCCUUGCUGGUGGAAAACUUUCAACAGUGCAAUUCCAUCCUUCUGCUCAAGUUAUCCUCACUGCUGGACGCGAUCGAUCUGUGUCACUCUUUCAGGUUGAUGGUAUAAAGAAUCCAAAAAUACAAAGCAUCUAUUUAGAGAGUUUUCCAAUCUAUAAGGCUUGUUUCAGUGCUGAUGGAGAACAAGUUAUAGCCACUGGUACCCACCAUAAAAUGUUCUAUGUGUAUGACAUGAUGGGUGGAAGUAUUAUUCCUGUACAUCAAGUAAGAGGUAUGGAGGAGAAGUUUGUCAAAAAUUUUGAAGUGUCUCCAGAUGGAUCAUUUAUGCUGCUUACUGGAACUUCAGGUUAUCUUCACUUGCUGUCAAUGAAGACAAAGGAACUGAUCAGCACUAUGAAAGUAAAUGGAAGAUCCGCUGCAUCUGCUUUCACUCCAGACAGCAGCAAAAUAUAUACGUAUUCAAAGGAAGGUGAUAGUUUCGUUUGGGAUGUGAAAAGCAGGAAGUGUCUACACAGAUUUGAGGAUGAAGGCUCUUUGGAAGGAAAGUGUAUCGCUGUUUCAAGAAAUAACCAGUAUGUGGCAUGUGGCUCAGUUUCUGGAGUUGUAAACUUGUAUACUGCGGAUGUCUGUCUCAAAGAAAACAAUCCUAAACCAGUUAAAGCCGUAAUGAACCUAGUUACUCCUGCUACAUGUGUGACCUUCAAUCCUACAACAGAAAUUUUGGCAGUGGCUUCCAAUGAGGCUGAUGAGGCUGUCAAACUGGUACACAUUCCUUCGUAUACUGUAUUCUCAAACUUCCCAGUGUUCAGAAGAAAACAAAUUUAUCUUACUCAAUCUAUGGACUUUUCUCCCAGAAGUGGUUUUUUUUCUAUAGCAAAUAAUAAAGGCAAAGCCUUAUUGUAUAGGCUGAAACACUAUUCAGAUUUUUAAAAGAAGAUAUGGGAGGGAAUUUACAAGUAACUCAGGUGUUGUAACCUGCAGCUGCAUGUAUGCUGACAAAAUUCAACAAGGCUUUUUACAAACUCUUACGUGGAAGUUAAAUAUUAAUAAACAUCCCUUUUGUGAAUAUUGUUACUUAAUAAAUGUACCUGAUAAAAGUUUCCAGUCAAACUGCUUCAACUUUUUCAGUGUUUUGUGUAAGCAUAUGACUAGGAUUUCAAUGGCUGUGUGUGUCCUCAAGAAAUGCUUAAGUGUUUUUAGUUAUUCUGAGAAUAUGAAGUAUUCCAAUGCUGACACUGAAAACACUGACUUUGUAACUCUGUGUAAGAUUUAAAAGCUCAAUACAUUGAACAAAGUGUUUUGAGCUUUGGCUUGUGGUUCCACGAGUGUUCUCCCCAGUAAGCUUUGCCAGCAGCCAAGUUCAUUUGAGGCUGGGUAAGAAACUGAUCAUUUUGCUGAUGGGGGGGGGGGGGUGUUAUGAAUCCUUUUUUUCCUGUGGGAGCAAAGCAGUAACCUGAAAUGCUAUUGAUGCAGGUUUAUAGUUCAGUCUGACUUUGUGGGUCAGCUGUGGUUUAAAGAUAGGAGCCUAAACUAAAGAGGGAGUAAAUACAUGUGAAACACCCUCAGUUGUGCUUACCGCCUCGUGCUUUACAAAAACAACUGCAUAUAAUGUGCAUUUAAUUCUUAAGGAAAGCCCCAUUCUCCUCUUUCUGAGAAAACAAAGCAUCCUUUUAUUUCAUGCUUUACUAUGAAAUCCUGAUGUGGUCAGUAGUCAUGUAGCAAGGACUACUUUACAGCUAUUGUUGCUUGUUUUUUACUUCAUGCUAAAUACAGCACAUCUGAUCACUCUU